CCUUAGUUACUAACUAACAUCACACAUUUUUAUUGUUUCCCCGUAAUGUACGUACAGCAGUGUGCACCAUUUAAUGCACGCUCCUGUGGUCAUUGAAACGAAAGUAUCGUUUUACGGUGUACGCUAUGGAUUCCAGUCCAUUAAAAACAAAUUGCCUAAAGUAAACAUUUGAAUUACGACCUCCAUACAAGAUGGGUUUGUUUUUCAUUAUGUCAAGUCUUACAGGCAGGGCAUGAUAGGUUUACCACUGCUAUCUUACAUGUGGAGAAGAAUAUUUAGCCGCAUCGUUGGGAGGGCAUGAAAAGUACGUAUUACACACAUACAUUGGAUUUGGUCUAGGCUAUUGUACUAUCGGUGAUAAGACAUUUUUUCCAUUGUGUUGUGCAUUGGGAGAAAGUACUGAGGCGUAAAGUUGCAGAUGAUACGGUAGUGUGCCAGUAUUGGGUUACGCUUGAUGUAAACUGAUGAAUGAUAACCAGCAGUUAUGUGUAUUGCGUUAGAUUUUCUGCAAAUCAUUGCAAUGGAGCAGUUUCACUACAAGAUCUUGUACAUCGUCUGGAUAUUGUCUAGUCUCAAAGGCUUUUUUGGCACGAUGUAGUAGCCCAAGAAGAUGAGUCAGCGGAGCAGGAAGCUCCGCUUCAGCCAGGAGUGAGCAAAUAAGUGAGCAAGGGCUGCUAGUAUAAUUACAGAAAGAUGCAUGCCGUCAAAGUAGGCGCGGUGUGGCUUUCUACUGUGACGUAUAAACGUUCCCAGCCUGCCUGCUGGGACCAUAAAUUACUCGAUGGAAGAAGCCCGACACAUUUGGGUGGCAGCUGUGGAAGUUGUUGCUAGUUAGUUGCAUAUUGAGUAAUCGUUUACUCGGUUGUUUUACUCACAUUCGCGCACGUUGGUCGAUCGAGUGUUUCGAGGUAUCGACGCAGGGAAGGUGAGCACGGGAGAGAAGAAAAGGUAUCUGCUGCUGGUGUUAGACGGUGGCUGCCAAGUCAUGCCAGAAAUUGCCGCGGGAAGUGGUGUCCAAACUGAGCGAGAUCGCACACGGCAGCAGGAAAAGCAGGCGUUUCUUGGAAUGAAGCUGGUAGAAACCAUUUGCUGCCUGAUUUGCGCCGGGCUGCACAUCCAGGGAUUCCUGCACUAUCCGGAACCGUUUCCCCACGAGAUGUUGUUCUGCGGUCUGUACGCCAGCUACUUUCUGAUCUCGUUCUACUCGUUCCUGUUUCUGUACAAGGGCUGCUGCGGGUUAAACUACACCGUCGAGGCGAUAGUGUCGGGCGCUGCGUUCCUGCUGUUCGUGGUGUCUGCGUUUGUUUCGAUGUACCACGCGGAAAAGGACAUCCAUCUUCAGUACCUGACGGAUGAGGAGGAAUGGUAUCACCCGUUUUUUGUUUAUUGCCGAUUACAAAGCUUGGGUGCAACAAUUACGGCACAGAUGUUUCUGGUGCACUGUUCACUUGCGCUGGAUUUGGCCGGGCUGCUUGACCGAUGGUUUGGACGACUCGGAGGCCGUCGGUCGGUUGCCGAGGGCGGUUUUUCGACGGAGGAUGUGCAAGCAAGUGGAAGAUUGAAAAUCAACCCAUUCUGGAUGCCCGCAUGGAAAGCUAUUCUCAAACGGCUCCCAUGCGACUGUAAGACCGAAUCUAGCGGUUGAGCGAUGGCCCUGAAAAUUAUAUAGAUUCAAUUCGUAGUUGAAUAACUGCUAUUAAUAAUAAUAAAGUUUUCAAACGAAA